UGCCCUGUCCUCCCUCGUCUCUCCUCCGCUUCCAGUCGGUUCCCUCCCAGAAACAGGACUGACUCCCGGCGGGCGGGCGGGGGGCCGGUGACCUUAUAGCCUCCAGCCGGGCACCAGCACAGACACCAGCACAGACACCGAGCCGCAGCAGCUACAGGUCUCCCUGCUCCGCGGUGCUUUUUUAAAAAAAAAAUUCCCAUCAUGAACUCGGACAAGCGGAGCAAGCAGGUGGCCCCGGGGAGCAGCGCGCCCCUCUCCCCGCCCGCGGGCCACGCGAGGCCCGCCAGGAUGCCCAAGUGCUCCCGCUGCAGGAACCACGGCUUCGUGUCCCCGCUGAAGGGCCACAAGCGCUUCUGCAACUGGAGGGACUGCGAGUGCGUGAAGUGCAGCCUGAUCGCGGAGAGGCAGCGGGUCAUGGCGGCGCAGGUCGCCUUGAGGAGGCAGCAUUUCCAGGAGGAGGAGCUCGGGAUUUGUAGUCCAGUGGCUCUGCCGGGACCCGAGGUCAUGGUAAAGAACGAGACCGGAGCCGACUGCCUGUUCUCUGUGGACGGACGAUCCCUGACACCGACCAGCGGCACCUCCUCUGCUUCUCUGGCUUUCACAGGGAGUCGCUCGGCAUCAUCCUCCAGCCCGUCGGCCGGCGCCAGGGCUCAUGGUGAGGGGGGGUCCGACCUGCUGAUGGAAACCUCCUAUUACAACUUCUACCAGCCGUCAUGCUACCCGACCUACUACAGCAACCUCUACAACUACCAGCAGUACCAGCAGAUGUCUCACAGCGACAGCCGCCACAACAUGUCCUCUCCGUACUGCAUGCACUCCUACUACCCAGCAGCCGGCUACCUGAGCCAGGGUCUGGGCUCCUCCAGCUGCGUGCCGCCCUUCUUCAACCUGGAGGACAACAACAACAACUCUGACACCACGGCAGCCUCGUUCUCACCCAGCAGCAUCAGCACCGCUCACGACCCCACCCUGACCUGCAGGUCCAUCAGCGCCCUGCUCAGCUCCGACAUCAAGGCUGAGAGCGAAGUCAGCGGCGAGACGGCCGACUUCUCCCUCAACGCCACCAUCGACGUGGAAGGCAUCAAUUAAAGGAGCUAAGGAUACGACCAAAGCAUUUUUACACUUAAUGUUCCUGUGAAACGGUUUCGUGGUUCACAGUUGUUUGUGUGAUUCUAAGUCAAGUUUCUUGAGUUCAGUUCAUCAGCUGGAAAGUUUUCAAACAUGUGAAAUUGAGGACGUUGAUGAAUGUGGAGCCCAAAUAUAUCAAUUAACUCUCGUGUCAUCGUCACAUCAUAUUCACAUUCUGCUCAGUGCCAGUUUGAGCCCUUAACCUGUUCAUAGCUCAACUGGUCGUUACACAGACUCUGGACCAAGGAGCUGAUGGGAUGAAAUCUGUCCAACGUCCCGCUCAGCUGAUUGAAGCUCUGGGUUUCAGUGCAUGUGUGAGAGAAGUCACAGCCUCGCUUACAGGGCAGAACUGACAAUGAAAAGUCACUACGGUUUGUAAAAACACAAACAAACACUAAACUUGUGGUUGGGUGCUUUUCUGAAGAAAUAAGGAGACUGUGCCACCAAUUUUAUUUUGAAAAGGCAACAGCAAAUGAGGGAACUCCCAAAACUCUCCUGGCUGACUAAUAUCACGUUUACACCUAAAUUAGUGGCAAUACACAGGUUUUUUAAAAGUGGGUAAACCUGCUAUAAAAAAGCGAUUGAUUCCCAUCACCUGUAGCGGAGAGUGACUGUUUUUUUUCCCAUGUUGCAUCAUGUUCAGUGUCACAAACUAAAAGCUGAAGCUCUCUCACUUCACUGUGUCGCCAAAUUAGCAAGUUCACCAGGUUGUUCUGUUCCAUCGCUGCCGCUCGGAGCCGAUAGAAACACGUCUGUACUGCACUUACCGGACCGAUGCUUUGACCUCACCACUCACGUACAUGUGGGUGGUGUUGAGAUAUUUGUAAUUGUUCACAAAGAACAGCCAUCUCUUCAGAAUCAGGCCGUUUGGACGAAUACUUUGUUACGACAAUUUAUAAAAGUUGACUAAAUGUAGAGUAAAUACGUCUGACUGGUCGUUUACUGGUUUUUCUGUCCUGUUAAAGUUCUUAAGUGAUUUUUAUCAUUCAAUAUAGAAAGUGAUGCAAUAUUAAAAUCCUUUCGUAGUUUACAUUAACUGUAGUUUCCAAAGUGUUU